AUGCCCACAUAUACAUGCCAAACAUGUCAGGUUCAAGGCCUGGAGGAGAUUGGUAAACAUCUAUCUUCUACUAGACACAAGACUGUCAAGUAUGAUCUGUUGGAAGAAACGAUACAGUGCGAAGAAUGUGGCGAUUCCAACAUCCAUCUCUUGAAGAUGAUCAGGUACGGCCUUUCUGAUAUUAGUCUUCUAUGCAACGAUUGUUCAGAGAAAGAAGGUAAUGAUGAGGAGCUGGCGUCGUACUCCCUAUCAAAUGGUUCCUUAUUUUUGAAAUUGCCUCAGUACUACAAGUUUAGAGAUAUACAAUGCAUGAAUUGCCAUCUGGAAAAGGAUCUUUAUGUCGCUGACACUGGCAAAGGGCAACUCAUUCACUGUCGGGCCUGUUUUAAAGCUGAUAAUAAUGUUGAUCCUAAUGCCCAUGACUAUGUUAGUGAGAAAAGCGAUUCAUUCUUGCGAACUUUACUUGGUAUCACUGAACAUGUCCCCAAGUCUAAUGCUAAUUCAAAGAAGGGCGGGCGUAAAGGCGCCAGAAAAACAGGCAAAGAAAGAAGAAGACCGAAAAAGGUCGAUCCAAAUGCCGAACAGAGAAAGGCUCACUACGAGGCCAAGAUGGCUACCAAGGCUCAGUUUCAACUGGGUAAGACCGUGAAGGCAGUGGGUUCCCUUGAUACAACCCCAAUCCAGUCUCGUUCCGUCACUCCCAAACCCUCCCAUGGAAAAGACCAUUCUAAAAAGGCUUACAAUUCAUCUUCAACAGUCAAAGGGCCAAAGAAGAAUGGUGAUAAAAGUGGGAAAUCUUCAGAGCCCGCACUGAAGAGUCAAAAUGGUUCAGCCGAUCCCAAGAAAGCCUCAAAGAAACUGCAAUCCAAGAGCCCUAUACCCACCGGUAAAAGUGAUAAAUUAAAGUCUCCAGGUCCUAGCGAACCCAAAGCACAGAAGGGGAAUAAGAAGUCAGCUCUGCCCGCAGUGCCAUCAAAGGGUGCCCCCAACAGUGGCUCUAGUAACGCUUCUAAUGGCGGUCUGAAGCAACGCGUUAAGAAUGGAGAUACCUCGUCUGAUAAUCUGAGUAUCAAGGUACCAAAACCCACAACUCCAUUGGUGCUUCCUCCUGGUAUCUCACAGUUCACGCCAGCUUCCGAGCCCCCUCUUCUGUACCCUGACUUGACGUCCUAUUUCAACGAAAUGUGUUACAACUUGUUCUUAGAGGAAAAGAUCCUGCUUUCCAACAAUAACACUUCUAUGUUGCAGCCUGGUGAGUUCAUUUUGGAAUGGUACUCUGAGAAUAAUCUCAAGCACAAGCAGUACAAGAUCCAGAUUCUUCUCACGCCCGAAAUACUAGAUCGGUAUAUCACGAAGAAUAUGCAAUCAGUGAAGAGUUCUCCGUUCUCUCAAGAUCAAGGAAUUAUUCUCGUUUUGGAUGACAGGAUUCCGUGGUACGGUAGAAUCGCCAUGGUCGAUACUUUCAGCGCAAAGAACCAAUCUUCUGGUAAAGGACAUGGCAAAAAGGGAAAGCUGAGAGGCCCAAAACCUACCGGUCCUCAAAUAUGCGAGAUAGCUGUCGAGUUGUAUCCAUGGAACACCAUGCCUCUUCCGAGAACAGUGGAUGUAAAGCACCUUAAGCUUCUUCCAGUUUCUGUUCCGGUCGGUCGAGUAUUCUUCGCUAUGCAAAAUCUUCUGAACCCAAAGUUCAAGGAUUUGUUAUUGGGCAACAAGGAAGUCAAGCAGCUCAACUUCAAAAACUACUUACAGUUAACCAAGUCAACUUUCAAUGAAUCACAGAAGGUGGGCUUACAAUCUGUGCUUAAUAACUCGAUUACUACCUCUACGAUUCAUGAGAUUAUUUUGCAGUUGUUGGAGAAGAUGAACACAUCGCCUAUCUUGGUUGUUGCCGCUUCAAAUAUUGCUAUCGAUAACAUUGCUGAGAAGCUUUUGCCCAAGCAUGGAAAGUCCAUAUUGAGAAUUACUUCAUUGCAAAAGGAAAUCGAAUAUAACAGGGAACAUCCAUUAGCAUCCAUUUGCUUGCAUCACAAGGUCUUUGACGGUUUACCUCCGCAUCUCCAAGAAUCUCUUAGGAACUUAAGAAGAUCAGGUGAAAAGAUCAGCAAAAGUCAAUACCAGAAGCUCAUGUCAGCAAUUAUAGACUACUCGAAUAUGGUCAUUGGACUGAGUAAGGUCAUAUUGACAACCACCGUCACGGCAGGUGGCCUACAGUUGAAAGCGCUUUCGAAGAUCCCUGUCGUGAUUAUGGAUGAAGCGACACAAUCAUCAGAACCAACAACACUUAUCCCACUUUCCAUGAACGGUGUUGAGAAAUUCGUUUUUGUUGGUGAUCACAAGCAAUUGAGCAGUUUCUCUGAUGUUCCUAAUCUUUCGUUGUCUUUAUUCGAAAGAAUCCUUCGAAACGGUACUUACAAGACGCCACACAUGCUUGACACCCAGUAUAGAAUGCAUCCUGCUAUCAGUGAGUUUCCCAGACACAAAUUUUAUAACAAUCUUCUUAAAGAUGGUAUCACCGCUGAGGAUAGAGUUAAAGAUGGCAUUCCGAGUAACCCAGUUACAUUUUGGGACACCGAAGGAAAGAAGGCUGAGAAGAUUGUCCGCACUCGGUUCAAAAGUGAUGGAGGUAUGACAUAUGCCAACGAUGGAGAAAUCAAGUAUCUCGAGAAGGUGUUGAUGACGCUCAUUUUCGACAAAGGAGUGAAGAAAUCUGACAUCGGUGUAAUAACACCAUACAGGGGACAAAGAGAUUUGAUUUCUUCGACCUUAGUGAAAAACGAUCUCAUCAAUCCGGAUAAGGAUAUCAUUCACGAAGAUGUGGACCGCGAUGAUUUCUACAAUGAGUCGAAGCCACUUACUAUUCAUACUGUUUCGGAUAUAAUGAUCGCGUCUAUUGACGCUUUCCAAGGCAGAGAGAAAGACUUCAUGAUUAUGUCAUGCGUUCGUUCCAAUUCCGAAAACAAAGUGGGUUUCUUGAAAGAUGAAAGAAGACUCAAUGUCGCAUUAACUAGAGCAAGGUACGGUUUGAUUAUCAUCGGCGACGCUAAAUGUUUGAGUAACGACCCCUUGUGGAAAGAGUAUAUUGAUGAUCUCUCCUCGAAGGGCCUGUUACUAGGCGGUAACGAAUUUCUGUAUUCUUGA